CUGCUGCUGCUGCUGCUGCUACACGGAGGGAUGCAACAUUUAUAAGAUUCAUUUGGUUGUCCAGAGAAAACUGAGAAUUCUGAUUGAGAGUUCUAAUCGCCCCAAAGAAAAGUACCAUCUCCUGCAUUAACUGUGGUAAUCAAAUAACAUCAUGGAGAACACUCACAAAACCUUACGCCUCUACAUCCCGAUCAGCGAGAGCAGCUGUGUGAGUCCAUCCCUCUCCCACUGCAGGGGCCCAGCUUCCCCCUCUGAAGCCCCUCUCAAGCCCCAACAAGGACUUACCUCUAACUGCAAGGAGGAGGGUCCAGCUGAAACAGUGAAGCAGGGUCAAGCAGACAAAUUCGGCCUCACAGACUUGAAAAAAACUCUCAAAGCAUUGGAUGACUGCUCUGAGAUCGGCUGGCUGACAGAGUUGUUACCGUUGUGUUUGGAAUGCCAGACAUUCAUCAGCAUGGGCAACCAGCAGGGCACGAAAAUUAAGCCGAACUGUCAUGGUUACGAAGACAAUCGGGAUACUUUACCGAAAUCCCCCAGAUUUCAGAUCCCUCGGAAGAGAAGGAGAAAACUGGAGGGGCAUGUUUACCCCGGCGCCUUUCAGCACAACCUCAAGAUGACACCUGGGACUCAACGGGUGCCUCCGAAGGCGAGGAGGCUGACAAAGCUCCAGAUAAUGAGCUCUCCUACAUUUGGGGAUUGGGACUUGGAGGAAGACAGGCAGAUCAUCUGCACUCCUGCAGCCAGGAGAAAGAGAGUUGUGGGAAAAGAAAGAGUUUCAUUGUUGGAGGAGAGGAAUAGGAGUCCACAGGAGCUAAAGCCAACAUGGAGAGCAAAGCUACCUGAUGCGUCAUCUGCAAAUUUUACUUUCAGCAAAAAAAAGGCCUUUUCUCUCCCAGAAAGAAUUUAUCUGUAA